GAUACGUACAAUUGUUUGGAGAACUUACAUGUGUAUGAUCCUUAUAUUUUGGUUGUUAUGAUGCAUAUUAGAUGAGUAAUGAGGCUUUUGAUGUCCAUGCAGAAGAGAAAAAACCACCUAACUGGCAUAUCGUCAACUGUACGACACCUGCGCAAUAUUUCCAUGUGCUCCGUCGGCAAAUGCUUAGAAAUUAUAGAAAACCAUUAAUCGUCAUAUCACCAAAGAGUUUGUUAAAGUCACCUCUUGCAGUUAGUUCAUGGAAUGAUUUCUCACCCGGCACUCGUUUCAAACCCGUUUUGAGUGAUACGUCUAUUAAGGACACUUCUAAAGUGAAAAAGGUCGUUUUCAUAUCUGGUAAAUUCUAUUAUGAUGUUUUCAAAGAAAGAGCUGCCAAGGGUUUCGAUGAUGAAAUAGCAUUGGUAAGAGUGGAAGAAUUAAGCCCUUUCCCUAAGCAAGAAUUACAAAAGGAAAUUGCAAAGUAUGAGCAAGCUCAAAAUUUUGUCUGGUGUCAGGAAGAGCCUCAAAAUGCGGGGGCUUAUUCCUUUAUGGCCCCUAGGAUUGCUCAACUUUUGCCCGAAAAUAAGACAAUUGAGUAUGUUGGUAGGAAAGCUCUUUCUGCUCCUGCCAUUGGUAUACCAUCCAUAUUCAAAAAUGAGACAAACCAACUGCUUUCAAAUAUAUUGAAAUAAAUAGAUCUCUAAUGAUGUUGUAUUUUAUAUAUACUUGAAAUAUGUAAGAAGCAUAAAUAGAUAUUGUAAAAAAGAAAAUGCGUCUCUGAAAGUGUGAUGAGGGUGAUUUAAGGGCAUAUUGAUAUUACACAUAAAUAAAAAUCGAGAUAGAUUGCUUCGAUGAAGCAUUACUGUUUAAUUUGCAGCUCCAUAGUUGACUUGUCUAAUUCUGUAUGUUUGUAAAUAUAACCAAUCCAUUUCAGAGACAUCG